AUGUUUUUUGAAGCCAUGAAACGCAAAGGUCAUCAAUCGGACGAUGCAGAUAUGAAAACUAUUGUGCCGAUUCAUAAUGCUGUGAAUGAGAGGGCAUGGAAAGAAAUUAGAGAGUGGGAGGCAGGGUGGGGAAGCGAGAAAUGUGGUGGACCUCGUCUUCAUUCUUUCCUCGGACUUUCGCAAACCCUUUCGCCUAAAGCUCGAUUCAAUACACUUCUUGGAUAUACCGCUCCCUUUGACCGUCACGAUUGGGUUGUUGAUCGAUGCGGCAAGAGAGUUGAUUACAUCAUAGACUUUUACGCAGGCAAAGCUUCACCCGACGGAAGUGGAAAGCUGAAUUUCUUUUUGGAUGUUCGACCAAAAUUGAAUACCUUAGAAGGAUGGAAGAUGAGAGCUUGGAAGGUAUUCAACUAG